UCUGUCCACCAUUUUGUUUCUAUCUUCUGUCAUUUGUAAGUCAGCAACAAUUAAUCCUGUAGUUUGAGCGUUUUGUGUUGUUUUUUGUAUGUGAAUCUCAUCAGACCUGCAAAAGGCUAUAAAAAAGAAGAGUUUCUGCCACAAUUAGUUGUAAUAAUGGCAAAACGUCCGAUACGCAAUAACAAGCAACGUCUCCAAAUAAAUAAAAUACAAAACGGCAGAAAGACCAACAUUGUGAAAAAGCGCGUUUUCACCAAGCCCCAAGUGCAAGAUGCCCGCCAAAAACUCAUCCAGAAAAAGCUCAGUACGGUGAAAGACGCUCGAGACGUUUUGGCCAAAAUAGCCAAAGGUCAAGAUGCUCGCAACAAGCUUAACAAACUGCGACAAAAAAGAGGCACAAUAGCCACCGCCAAUGGAAAUAUAAAAGUAAUUGGCCAAAAUAUCGUCCAGAAAAUCGACAGCAACGGUAAAAUCAGUCUUGUCACAAACAAGGCCAAGUCUUCAACUGGAAUGAACGCCACAAUACAAAAAGAGUUGGGCCUCGUCACUUCGCCCAAAAAGGCAGUCGUACGGAGGGCCUUGGCGGCUUCCAGGGUGCCCCAGACUGUGAGACAAGCUGUCUUAAAUGAAAUUGAUCCUUAUAAUCAAAUGUUGAUGAGAACUUACGACCCGUCUUUGUACAAGUGGUCCAAACCCGGCAUGCGGACCACCGCGUCUCAGUUAAUUGGGUCGUUGGAGGGGCGGGUCCGUGGGGCCAAAGGGGAAGUCUUCCAAGGCUGGCAGAAUUUCCCCAUUAACAAACCCCUUAGGUCGCCUCUUGGAUACAUUGAUCUUGACGCUGUUGACGAUGAGGAGAUGCCUCUUGCUCCUAUCGCUCCAAUUAAACAAACGAUAACCUUACAGGGCUCCUCCAGAAUCUCAAAUAUUCAUUCGCGGUUAGAUGGUAGCCCUAUUGAGCCAGAAACCCACGGGAUUUUCGGACAACCUAAGACCAAAGUUGUCGUUCCGGCAGGACAUAGAAUAGUUGUGUCCAAUUUGCAACCUACGGUUACGCAGGAUGAUGUUAAAGAAUUGUUCGAAGAUAUUGGGCAAUUGUUGGCGGCUAGGUUGGUGCGCCCAGGAGUCGCUGAGGUGAUUUACAAGAACUUGAAAGACGCACAGAAGGCCGUGGAUACUUAUCAUAAUAGGCAGUUGGAUGGGCAACCAAUGAAAUGUCUUUUGGUUAAUAAGCGACCUUUGAAUAAUCCAACAGCCCCUGCUUUGACCAAAAUGGAGAGUCAAGGGUUCUUUGGACGUAAUGUUACUAAAAAACCUAGCUUCGCACUUUUCGUUAAUUAAAAUGCUCAUGUUUUAAAUUUUUAUGUUACCUAAGAUUAUUAAAUACCAUAGAAGUUUCGAGUUCAUCAAAUUCAAAUAAGUUAGUACCGGAUUUAUCCACAAUCCACAAAGUAUUAUUUCAGAGGAAAUAAGUUGCGUGCUCCUUUUUUUUUGUAUUGUCAUUUAAAAAUUAUUGUUCCCCUUAAUAAAUGUAAGUUGUUUAUAAUUUUCCUUAUAAAUGGGUAAUAAAUAAUAAGUAAUAGAGUUGA